UAUUUGGCGGAAGCCUUAUCUCCCCUUCGAUCUGUUCUUCCUUUAUUCCUAUCUCUCUCUCUCCAUUUAUCUUUUGGUUUUCUAGGGUUUUUUCUUUGCUCCUAAUCAAAGAUUUUAAAAAAUGUCAAGUGCUUUAGAGAUGUCGCUAGAUGAUCUCAUCAAGCGCAACCGUAAGUCCGGAUCCGGAAACUCCCGAGGUCGAGGCCGUGGAUCCGGGCCAGGACCUGCCCACCGCCUUCCUAACCGUAGAGCAAAUCGCUCGGCACCUUAUACCACAACUAAGGCACCAGAGACUUCCUGGCAGCACGAUAUGUAUUCGGAUAAGGGAUCUGCUUUCCAGGGACAAGUAGGUCGAGCCCCCGCUAUUGAAACCGGAACGAAACUCUACAUCUCAAAUUUAGAUUACGGUGUUUCCAACAACGACGUUAAGGAAUUAUUUUCUGAGGUUGGUGAUCUAAAACGGUGUACAAUCCAUUACGAUAGGAGUGGAAGAUCGAAGGGAACAGCAGAAGUUGUCUUCUCUCGCCGAACAGAUGCUUUUGCUGCAGUCAAGAGAUACAACAAUGUUCAGCUCGAUGGGAAGCCAAUGAAAAUUGAGAUUGUUGGAACGAAUGUUUCUACUCCUGCUGCACCUCCAGCUUCUAAUGACACUUUUGGAAAUUCAAACGGAGCCCCUAGAAGUGGCCAACGCAGGGGAUCUGGCCGGCAACGUGGUGGUAUUGGGGGUCGUGGUUUUGGAAGAGGCCGUGGAAGGGUAAAGGGCCCUGAGGAAAAGGUUUCUGCAGAAGAUCUCGAUGCUGAUCUAGAGAAGUAUCAUUCCGAAGCAAUGCAGACAAAUUGAAGCAUUUCUCAUGUUCUAUCGGUCGGUUUUAAGUCUUUUCUACUGUGGACUUUAUGUGCUUGAUACCUGACAAUAUUGUGUAUCUCUACCAAAUUCUCACUAUUUAGAGGAACUAGUCAUGAAGAGAACUAUUGGUUUCUUGAUUUACGGAUUUUGGGCUUUUACUAGUCCCAAAGAAUGUGGUUAGUGGAAACCUCUUUGUAGUCUCAGUUCUUUUGGUUUCAUUGUGGCUGCCUCGUCCCACAAGUUGGGAACAAAAGGCAACCUUGUCUCUCGGUUUUCCAUAUGCUAAGGAAACUUUGGAUGCAUGCUGUGGGAGGUUAAUCUAGCUGUUGCCCUGAGCUGCAUUGCAAAACCAGGGAGAUUGCAAGUGAGGUAGAUUUCUUUAUGUUCUUUCUCUAACGGAUCCUGUUUUAGCUGUUUUUAUCCUUCUGCAAGUGAUGCAAUUGCUUUUCCUAUUUAGGAGUUUAUGGUUUUAAACUAUCUCAUGCUAUUAUAUUAUCUGUGGAUGGAAUAUACUUUCCCCGUUUUCUGUCGUGGCUGCUGAUGUGGCUUAUUUUAGUCAAUUGUUGUAGAAUCUCUCUGCUUCUCUUAAUCCAUUUGGCUUCUUGAUGGAGAAAAAAAAGAGAGACCAAAGUCUCAUCCUCUUGGCAUAUGACUGCUGCUUUUUGGGUCAGCUGGAAUUUGUAGCCUCACUUUCUUAAACCUGUUUACUUCCAAAAAUUUUGGUUCUUUGCUGCAAUGCCAACCCCCUAAAUGUUGUUUUGAAGAAAAGCUCAGGCUAUCAUGUUGGUUCAAAACUUUGAUUUGAGGAAGUCAUAGUUUGAAUGGUAUUAAAACCAAUAGCGAGUAGUUAAGGCAUGAACAUACACGAUCAGGAGCAAAGAUUGAAAAAUGUUUGAAUUUACGAGUUCCGUGUAACUUGGGGAGCUUCCUAUGUACUAUUGUUUGGAGCAAAUGGUUUUAAUUCCACUCUAGGGUGAGAGAAUGCACCUAUUUGUGUUGGUGUUGGUUCAUCUAAUGGUAUCCGUUGCCUUACGAGCAUCAGGCUGGUGAGUUGCCGGUUACCUAUAUUUUACUGAUUUGCGUAGUUUUGACCUAUUGUUGUGCUGUGCUCUUAAUGUACUUCCACAUAUUUUUU